GGAAAUUGGAAAAAGUAAACGUAAAGAUUUACGUUUGCAGUUGCUACUUGAUCGUGCUUGUGCUCGUUGUAACCUCAACAAAAGAAAUACAAAAAUAGAAAACAUAGUGUGCGCAGCCGGAACAAGGUCUUCUUCUCUUCUGUUAUUCGAUUUUCUUGAAAUUGUCCUCUUGCAGGUGGAAGAUCAACAAGAUGAGCAUGAGCCCCAUCAAUGUUCUGGGACCUAGUGGGUCCGCCGAGUUGCUGGCUGCAGGUGGUUCUGGGCGCGGCCGGGGAGCGGCGGCUACUACGGCGGGAGAAGUGCAGCUGGAGAUCGAUGGUAGUGAUAAUAUCAAAUGUAAAAGUGUCUGGGUCUGGAAGAAUCCGAACUUGUGAUGCUGCAUUUGGAUUCCAAAAAAAUCUGUAUUGCAUGAGUACCAAAGGGAAUGCAAUUUUUGCUGCGCUGAGAAGGCAUUUGUCAUGCGGAAUAGGCAUCAAGAAGCCCUCAAAAAAUCUGUAUUGCUAGGGUAUGCAUCACAGACAUCAUGGCUCAUGCAAAACGUGCAUGACAAGUGUCAGAAUCUUCCAGACCCAGACAUUUUUGCAGUUGAUAGAUAACUAUGCGUCGCAAAAUGAUGAAGACGAGCAAGAAGAAGUCGAGCGGUUAUGAAAUGCAAAAGCAUCGUACUAGUAUGAAUCGCAUUACAAAUUUGCUCAGCAUGAAAAAUUUAGUUUGUCAUGCUGUUUUACCUUGGGAUGGAGAUUUGUGAUGCAUGGCUGCGAUUAUAAUGCACGAGUGCGAUACUUUUGCACAGAAUAGCGGUUUCAGUGCAGCAAGUUUGUGAAAAUCCUUGGGCUAUGGAUUGCAAAUAUGUCUGGGUCUGGAUCUGGAAGAAGACAAACUUGUGAUGCGCAUUUUAGAACACCGAAAAAUCUCUCAUGCAUAGGUAGCAAAAGCUGCCCACUUUCUGUCACCAAAAUGUGGGAUUUAUCAUGCGGAUUCGGCAUUGCGGAAGCUUCUCGAAACCUGCGAUGCUAGAGCUUCCAUGCCAGACCUUCUGCGUCAUGCAAAGACAGCAUGUCGCUUCCAGACCCAGACACUUUUACACUUGAUAUGGGCCGGGCAUCAUGGUUUGCCUCGCGGACACCGACGGCCCUUGUCUGGUCACGGCUGGAGAGAGCGGAUCGCUGUAUGGGUAUUCCCUUGUGUCCUGCCAAAUUUUGUUAAUCCCCAUCCUCUUCGCCGCACAGGAGCUCACGGUGCGACUCUCGCUUUUGACCAACAAGGGGCUCACGGAGCUGAUUCGCAUCCACUUCGGGGUGUUCUGGGCCCGGCUCGCGUGCGCCGUGCUCGUGAUUACCUAUGGUUUGCAAAAGCAUUGUAGUUGUACUAGUAUAAAUUGCAUUACCAAGCAUUACAAAUUAAAUUUGUAAUGGUGAAGAUUUAUCUGCAGAAGUAAUGCAUAAACGCAAUUACUACGAGUACGAUACUUUUGCGCAGGAUAUUACCUGCAUCGCCGCCAUCAUCUCCGAGCUCGCCUGCAUCGCCCAUACGGAUUGUAAAAGUGUCUGGGUCUGGAAGAGUGGAACUUGUAUUUGUAAUGCUGUCUGCGGAUUCUAAAAAUAUCUGUGUUGCAUGAGCAGCAAGAGGAGUCAGCUCUUGGCACGCGGAGAGGGCAUUUCUCAUGCGUAAUUAGCAUCAAGAAGCUCUCAAUCUGUGAUGCUAGCACCAUCAUCACAGACCUCACGGGUCAUGCAAAAUGUGCAUGACAAGCCCCGACUCUUCCAGACCCAGACACUUUUGCAGUUGAUAGCCCAAGUUGGGGAACUAUUUGGGGUUCCCAUGUGGAUCUCCAGUCUAAUAGUGGUUUUCCUCCUCGUCCUCAUCGUGGCGACCGGUACCUUUCGCCGGUUGGAGUUGAUUGGCGUGGCCAUGGGCAGCACGCAGGUGUUGUUUUUUCUCGUCAUGUUUCUCGUGCGGCCAGACUGGGAGGAAGUUGCGCAUGGGCUGGUCGAGACGCAUUUCGACGACGGAAAGUGGCUGAAACUCCUCGCAGCCAACAUCGGCGCGGUUAUCAUGCCCUGGAUGCUCUUCUACCAGCAGUCGGCUUGCUGCGAGCGGAAGAUGACGGUGCGCGAGAUGAUAUCAAAUGCAAAAGUGUCUGGGUCUGGAAGAUUCUAAACUUGUGAUGCUGUCUUUGGAUUCUAAAAAAAAUUGUAUUGCAUGACCAUCAAGAGGACUCCAGAUUCUCCUACGCGGAGAGGGCAUUUCUCAUGCGGUGGAGGUAUCACAAAGCCCUCUGAAAAUCUGUGAUGCUAUGGCAUGCAUCACAGACAUCAUGGCUCAUGGAAAAUAUGCAUGACAAAUCUAGAAACCUUCCAGACGCAGACAUUUUUGCAUUUGAUAGAUGACCUACGCCCGGCUGGACACCGUGGUCGGCGCCAGCAUCGCGCAGGGCGUCAUGAUUGCCAUGGUGAUUGCCAUGGGCGUAUGCAUUGCAAAUAUGUCAUCUGGGUCUGGAAGGAUGCAAGGUUUGUCAUUGUCAUGCUUGUCUAGCACGACUCUACGCUCUGUAUUGCGUGCCCGCAAAGAACUUGUUCUCUCUCCUGUCAUGCAAAAACGAAGUUUCUCAUGCGGAUUACGCAACUCAGCCCCAACGAAAAAACUUGUCAUGCUUGGCUGUGCAUUACAGUGUGCGCAUUCUUCCCUGACAUGCAUCACAAGUUUCCAGACCCAGACAUAGUUGCAUUCGAUAGGGCGCGACGCUGUUCAAGCAGAAACCGCAGGAACUGAAGGACGUCCCGCAAAUGGUGGACGCGUUGAAGCCGUCGAUGGGCUCCACAGCCGCAAAAUUACUGGUCGCCUUCGGUGCCACCGGGGCAAGUUUAGUAGCCGCCCUGGUCGUGGCGAUCACGCCGGCGUGGAGCAUUUGCGAGUUGCUGGGCCACGAGCGGUCACACGACAAACCCUACAGCGAGGCCAAGAAUUUCUACCACGCCUUUGCGGCCGUCUUGGUCGCCGCGUUUGUGACCACCGUGUGCCCCGAGGUCGGGGACCGCGCCUGGAUCAUGAUCCAGGUCGAGAUUUUGAACGCAUUGCUAAUGCCCGUAGUCGUCGGCUUCAUCUUCUUCCUGGCCGCGAAGCGGGGGGUCUUGCCGGAAUCAUACCGGCUCAAAGGGUGGUAUAGGAUUUUGCUGGGGAUCGUGUUUGGUAUUUGCAGCAUUCUGUGCGUCUACGCUGCAUUUCUGUGAUAACACUGGCGCGAAUAAAUCUGAUGAUCUUACAUUUGAAUUUUAUUUUUGAGACUCCGGCUCCACGAUCGAUGAGCGUGAGUUUUCGUAAAAGAUAAGUUGAGUCGUCGUUUCCAAAAUAGAACUACAAUGAUACUUUUUUCGCUUCGCCUCAAUCAUUGUCACGCUCAAGUAGCUCUACGUCAACAUGCCUGCAAUGUUGUAUCCUACUCACAACAAGCAAUAGCGUAACCCAAUCUACCUGUCUGAAAAACACUUUGAGUGGUUCGUUCUAUUUUCGACGCCAUGCUCUGCAACUAGGAAAGCUACCACUGUUGAUUUUCGUCCUAUCUAUGUACUAGUUUGAGAUUUUGUAUAGGUAAACCAGGACAGAAAUUGGUAAAUAACCGACCUCGAGGACAUUGUCAUCCGAAGAACCUUUUUCGCAUAGAAAAAAAACCAUCAGAAU